AUGACAAAUCUUGUUGUUGCAGCGACCACUGGAAGUAUUUUUCUUUUGACUUUGAACCGCUUUGUCUCCAUAGUUAGACCUUUGAAAUAUCCAAGAAUAAUGACAUUCAAACGAACUGUAACUAUGAUCGGAGUUAUAUGGUUGGUCGCCAUCCUUAUUCUUGUCGUGGUCGUGGUUGGCUUGAUUAUCGAAAAUAAAGUUCUUCGAAUUUUACGAUACGUCAUGGCAUUUUACAUAACAUCAUCUAUUGCAAUGUAUGUGUAUAUGUACAAUUUAGGAAGGAAACAUAGUAAAAGAUUAGAGCAACAGAUGCAUGCAAUUACGGGUCAAACACAUGCGACUUCUCAUGAGUUCAGAGCAUUAACUUCGUUGUUUAUGAUCGCUGGAAGUUUUGCAGCAUGCUGGUUGCCAGUGACAACAGCAGCUUUCUUUUUAAACAGAUUCGAAGAUCCAAUUCAGUUUUAUCGUACUUUUAGUUUCACUGGUUCAUUAACUCUUGUAAACGCCGUUGUAGAUCCUGUUGUUUAUUAUUACAGAAGCAAAGGUUUUCGUUUGUCAUUAAAGAUGUUGGCAAGGCGAUUUAGAAACGAUGGAUGCUGUGAAUGUUGGUAG